AUGCUUAUGCGGGAUCUGGAAACACGGCCGGUUUACAAACGAGUCGCACAAGAAGUAGAUGUGGAAGUCGCUCCAGCGUGGCUUCAUCUAUCCGAAUCUGAAACAUACGGCACAAAGCUGGAUCUCUAUCUAGACAAGGGCAUAAAUGAAGCUACUGCUACUGCCGACGGUCAGAAAGGAAAGUACGCAACACUCAGCUAUUGCUGGGGGAAUGGUUUGCCGUUCAUGACUACCAAGGACACCAUGUCUAUGCGAAAGAGCAGCAUCAGCUUUGGAGACCUUCCCAAGACGCUUCAAGAUGCUGCUAUGGUUGUGCGGUCUCUUGGUCUACAGUAUAUAUGGAUUGACUGCUUGGCAAUUGGUAUGAAUCGACUCUUCUUACAAGAUGACACAGCAGACUGGGAAAAAGAAUCGGCUGUCAUGGCCGACAUCUACUCCAGAUCAUACAUCAACAUCGCUGCAUCCAACGCUUCACAUUGCGGAGCAGGCUUCCUAGGACCACGGAAGAUGCCAAUGACUGAACUUAUUGAGAUCCACGAUAGCGAAGGGGAACUAGAAGUAUAUCUCGUUGCCCAACAGACACGCAACUACGCACUACCAAGCGAUCCCCUCGAAACACGAGCCUGGGUCCUCCAAGAACAACUCCUACCAUCCCGCUCCCUCCAUUUUGGCAGCGCCAACAUGUUCUGGCGCUGUCCCGACGGCAUCUCGCACGAAGAGCAAAGGCGAGGCUGGACGCACCUCUACACCCUCGACGCCGUAGUCUACAGCAUCAACCUCCCCAUCGGUGCCGCCAUCGGCCUAGACGCAUGGUUCCAACUCGUCCGCGACUACACCGCCCGCGGGAUAACAUACCCCAAAGACAAAUUCCCCGCCAUCUCAGGCGUCAUGACGGUCUUACAGCGUAUGACUGGCGAUGUCUGCGCCGCGGGACUGUGGAAGCGGAAUUUCGCCAAGUGGCUCCUCUUUAUGCACACCACAAAAGAGCAGCCACUGCCCCAGCUACAACAGGUCAGCCUACCAGAUCUGAGCCAGCUCCGUACUAUCAGCAGAGCUACAUACGCCAUCGGUCUGGAUGCCGCGAAACAUUUCGCUCAGAACUGGAACCCAACAAAAUUCCCCAAACUGAAAGAAUGGACAAACGACGAUUUCCGCUCAGCGAUACAGCACUGGACUUUUGAUCGCAAUAAGAAGAACACACCUGAAGCUAUUGAUGAAGCAGAAGCGGCACUGUAUGAUCCAAACAGCGGUUCCUGGGCUGUACCCAUAAUCGCCGGAGCAGCAGGCACAGCAGCCCUAGCAGCCUACCUCAACGCGAAAUAUCAUAUCGCCCAUGACCUUAGGCGUAAACGCGGUGCUCUCUCGCCGACACAAGAUGUCCUUGACUUCAUCGCCGACCGUGGAGCUCGCAAACGUGCUCUCACGUACCACGCUUUCGAAGACCAGGUCCGCAACCAGCCAGACCAUCCAUUUCUCAUCUUCGAAGGCAAAACCUGGUCAUACAAGGAGUUCUUUGAUGCAUUCACCAGGGUGGGGAAUUGGUUGAUAGAGGACCUGGGCAUACAAGCUGAUGAGGUGGUUGCUGUGGAUGGCGGGAACAGCCCGGAGUAUCUGAUGCUCUGGUUUGCUCUCGAUGGGAUUGGAGCUGUUCCGAGCUUCGUCAACUGGAACCUCACUGGGACAGGAUUGGUGCAUUGCGCAAGGCUAUGCAACUGCAGAUUCCUCAUCACAGACGCCGAUGUCAAGAGCAAUGUCGAGCCAUGCCGUACGGAUCUCGAGGAGACCGGCAUCAAGAUCCAGUACUACGAUCCCUCGUUCUUCGCGUCGCUACCGAACCCGACUCUUAUACCAGACUCGCGUCGCGAACACAUUACUAUAGAGUCCCUCCGCUCGCUACUGUAUACUUCCGGAACGACCGGGCUGCCCAAAGGUGUGACUUUGAGCACUGGUCGCGAGCUCUUGACUGGCUACAGCGCCGCCAAAUACCUCGAACUGAAACCGGCAUCCAGAAUGUACACAUGUAUGCCACUUUAUCACGGGGCUGCGCAUGGCCUUUGCGUUACACCGAUGGUUCAUGCUGGCGGUACAGUCGUAUUGAGCCGGAGGUUUUCGCACAAGACCUUCUGGCCUGAAGUCGCAGCUUCAGAUGCGGAUAUCAUUCAGUAUGUCGGCGAGCUCUGUAGGUAUCUACUCAACGGCCCGACGAAUGCAUUCGAGCGGAAACACAAAGUAAAGAUGGCAUGGGGCAACGGCAUGCGCCCUGACGUCUGGGAACCCUUUCGUGAGCGUUUCAACAUACCCAUCAUCAACGAAUUAUAUGCGGCUACCGAUGGAUUAGGGGCGACAUUCAAUCGCAACGCUGGUCCCUUCACGGCGAAUAGCAUUGGUCUCCGAGGGCUGAUCUGGAAUUGGCGGUUCGGCGACCAGGAAGUGAGGGUGAAGAUGGAUGUUGAUACGGAAGAGAUCAUGAGAGAUGCAAACGGCUUUGCAAUCAGAUGUGGAGUGAACGAGCCGGGCCAAGUGCUGCAUAGAUUAACACCGGAGACGGUGGCUACUUCACCAGGCUACUACAAGAACGAAGGUGCCACAGAGAAUAGGAGAAUUAGGGAUGUGUUCGAGAAGGGGGAUAUAUGGUUCAAGUCUGGAGAUAUGAUGCGACAAGACGCCGACGGCCGCGUCUUCUUCGUCGACCGUUUAGGCGAUACAUUCCGUUGGAAGUCAGAGAACGUAUCGACAAACGAGGUAGCCGACAUGCUCGGAAAGUUCCCACAGAUCGCUGAAACGAACGCAUACGGCGUCAUUGUGCCUGGCUACGACGGCCGAGCGGGGACCGCAUCUAUCGUUAUGGCAGAUGGAGUCACAGAGUCAACAUUCGACUUCGAAGCUCUGGCAAAGCACGCGAAAGCGGUCUUACCGAGUUAUGCAGUGCCGCUGUUUCUAAGAGUGACGCCUGCAUUAGAGUAUACGGGUACUUUAAAGAUUCAAAAGGGUAGAUUGAAGAAGGAAGGUGUUGACCCGGAUAAGAUCACUGGAGAGGAUAGGCUGUACUGGCUACCGGAGGGUAGUGAUCGGUAUGUCCCAUUCACGAAGAAGGAUUGGGAGGCUGUAGUAGAGAAGAGGGUACGAUUGUCAUAG